AUGUUGUACCGAACUUUUGUGUUGUGUAUUCUAGUCCGAAACACCUGGAGCUCCAGCUGGAAGUCGGAGGUGGAGGAGGGUUCCAAGGUCCACUUCCCGCCAUGGUUCAAGUUCGGCUCGGCAACCGCGUCACAUCAGAUCGAGGGUGCCUGGAAUGCUAGCGGUAAAACUCCCCACAUCUGGGAUGUGUUCGCCCACACGGUGCCAGGAGCCAUCUCCGACGGCUCCAAUGGCGACGUGGCCUGCGACAGCUACCGCCUGUGGCGAGAAGACGUGAAGAUGGCCGCGGACCUGGGCCUGGACUUCUACAGGUUCUCCAUAUCAUGGCCGAGGAUACUCCCAUCGGGUUUCCCGAACCACAUCAACGAGGAGGGGGUGCGGUACUACCGCGAGCUGAUGGACGGUCUGCUCGAGGUGGGCAUCGAGCCCGUCGUCACCAUCUACCACUGGGAACUGCCCCAGUCGCUACAGGAUCUGGGUGGUUGGACCAAUCCCCUAGUAGUCGACUGGUAUGCGGACUACGCCCGUGUCCUCUUCACCCUAUACGCGGAUAGAGUGAAGACCUGGAUAACCCUGAACGAGCCCAUGGUCUUCUGCGAGGCGACGUACACCCUGGGCAGCCACGCUCCAGGCAUCCUCAGCCCAGGGAUAGGCAACUUCCUCUGCAACAGGCAUGCGUUGCUGGCACACGCUAAAGCCUGGAGAAUUUACGAUCAAGAGUUUAGGCAUAAGUAUCAUGGGAAAUUGGCAUUGACGAACAAUCUGCUCUGGUUCGAGCCGGAUGAAGGGCAUGGAGACGAAGUGGCAGAGCUCGUUCGAGAACUUGGUGCUGGUAUGUACUCGCAUCCGAUAUAUUCCAAGGAAGGUGGAUGGCCGCCGGUGAUAGAGAAGAUUAUAGCGGAGCGCAGCCGGCGACAGGGAUACCCCAAGUCCAGACUACCACCGUUUACUAAGGAAGAAAUUAAAUUUAUUAGAGGAACGUACGACUUCUACGGCUUCAACUACUACACUGCGCGGCUGGCGCGGUGGGCGAAACCGGGUGAGGUGCUGGGCAAGUGGCCACACUUCGGCACCGACGAGCUCAACAUCUCCCUCGUCGUUAAGCCUGAGUGGAAGAAGUCUCCUCUCGACUGGUUCAUUAUCUACCCCGAAGGCAUUCGUCGUCAGAUGAAGUGGCUGAAGCGGAAGUACGGGAACAUCGAGAUCUUCAUCAUGGAGAACGGGCUCGCCAACAUCGACCCGCGCCUCGACGACACCGACCGCGUCGACUUCUACAGGGAACACUUGAGACAGGUCCUGCUGUCGAUCUACGAGGACGGCGUGAACGUGACGGGCUACACCGCUUGGAGCCUCAUGGACAACUACGAGUGGAUUGAUGGAUACCAUUCCAAGUUCGGUCUAUACGCGGUGGACUUCUCAGACAGCGAGCGGCGCCGCACGCCGCGUGCGUCUGCGUUUUACUAUAGCAGCGUCGUCCGCACCGGCUCGCUGGUGCUACCGGCUACGUACACCUCAUACACUGCUAGUAGCAGCAAAAACGCGCUGUCUUACAUUACUAUAGUAAUAAAUUUUAUGUUAGCAUUAAGUUUAAUAAAAUAAAAUA